AAUCAAAUGGAAUUCUAUGGAUUCGAAAAACCUAAAGUUUAUCUUUCUUAUCGUGGUUCUAAUUCUGGACUAUGGACAUCUUAGGGAUUCGCCGGUGGCCGGUAAGUUUCUGUUCAACUUCAGACCAGUUGCACCCCUCUUGCGAUCAAAGAUUCGAGAACUCUUGAUUUUCAAGGAUAAAAAGUACACUCAUUUAUAUUUGUCCUUUGUAACUUUAGGUUGCCUCACUUCGAGUGACUGUGGCUAUGGCCAAUACUGCGAUGAAUGUGAGUAAAUGUUCAGUUAUUGAGACGUUUUAUUCGCGUCCUUGUUUUAAUAUUCUUGGUCUUUGAUCGCCAACCUUGAUCCAUGUACCAAACUGUUUGAGUAUUCUGCGGUCACCUGGUAGAUCUAUAAAAAUCAAGAACAUUUUAUUCUCAAUCUCCUAUGCUUCUAUGUUAUUAAAAAUUGCCCUCUAAGAAUGUGAAGCAGGUUCUAGUGACUUUCAUGAAGCUGUUUUUGACGCGCUUAUUGAUCGGCGUCGAAUUGGUUCCAACAUUUUGAUUAAUUUCGUUCUGGCUGGUUUGAUUUGAGUGUGCUUCCCGCCUGAACGGAAUACAUUUUCUUUUUCCUUAAAUUUUAACAACAUAUCACCAUUAUUUUAGUGACAAAUGUCUCUCGUAUUUUCACUUACGAGGUCCUAUUUUUAAACGCUGUAAGAUAUUUAACUUUAGCCUGAAUACCAAAUAGUUGAAUACCUCACGGGUUCAAAGCGAUCGUUCCCGAAAAUUAUAAAUUUGCAUAUGUUUUAACCGUAAACGGUAGUUUAGUAAAUAACUAUAAUAUCAGGGCUUUUUGCUUUAUUUCAUAUUCUUUGUUCGUCAUUUUGCAUGUCUAAUUCCUUGAUCUGCAAACAUAACAUGUCGCACAAAAAUGUAUCUGAAAAUUCGACGUUCUUUGCUCGACAGAAGUUGAGCAUAAUCGUUGAAGCAGAACUUGGUUUGCAUUCAAACAGUCUUCGGGCGUUAUCAGAGCAAUCUUUGUCUCGUUGUUUACUUGAAAGUACAUGUUCGUGUAAUAUCUCGAUUAAACGAUUUCUUCCUUUAUUGUCUGAAAAGUAGCACUCGUAACAUUUUAUGAUAAUUUACACACCAGCUUACUAAACCCAGUUAUUCGCAACAUGUCUUCCCUAGAAACCAUUUUUGAGUUUUAAGAAUUUGUCGUUCUUUGUAGACUCAGUAAAAAAAACUAAAUAACGAUUAACCAAAAAAACUAUAUUUGAUAAUUACCUUAGCGGCUUAUUGAUUAUGUGAUAUUGCUCGCCUUCUUUAUGAUGUUCUCGUUUCUUACAACAUGGUCGUCUGGCAGGUUCACACGGCGGCUUACACCUUUUUUUUCUUUUUUCCACACUACUGAACCAUGGAAACACAAAUAGCAAAAUUUAAUUCAGCAUUUUAGAUCACUGAAUGUAAGGAAAUCCUUUUUUACCUUAUACAAAAACUAGACAAAUCUAAAAACGGUAUUAAUUCAGCCAGAAACCGUGCGAAAAAAAAAAAAAUAAAAUUUGUGAACAAUUGUACAUAAACAGUACAUAUAAAUUAGCAUAAUAUACUGAACUUAUAGAGACCUUAGGGUACCUGUUUUUUGGUGGUAAGUGACAACAAGAUCUUCCAAACACUCAAGACAGUGAAAUCUGUGAAAUCACUGUGUUUCCUCUUGUGUAAUUUUAGAUUAUGACCAUCCCCCUUUUUUUUUCCGUUUAGCGUCGAAUGCGUUUCCUGAUAUUGGGUCGGUCAGUCAGAUUGAAAAAAAAACCUUAAAAAAAAUCACAAGAAGUCUCGGAAUAGGAGGCCCUAGUACCCCAGCAUAUAUGAAACAUAUAUGAAACAUAUAUAUAUUUUUCGCAGGGUUUCUUUUUCAUAUAUAUACAUAUUUGGAUUAACGAAGUGCACACUAGCUAUACUGUUAAAAAAAUGUUCCUGUUUUUGUUCCUGUUUUUCUCUACACUAUCCUAUGCUCAUUUUUCAGAUUAAAAGAAUUAUUUCAAGUGAAAAAUGGUUUAACUACAUCGUUACUUUUUUUUGUUUUUUGAAAAUGCCCUAAAUUUGGGUCGGUCAGUCGGACGACGCUAAACAGAGGGAAAAAAAGAGGAUGGCCUAUGGAAAUUGCAAUGUGAAUAAGAAACAAGAGAAAAGAAAAAUGAAAUGAAAGAAUAUUCAUUGCAGCCUAUUGUGGCAUAUGUUGCUUUCAUUCUCAGACAUCUUGAAAGUGGCAUUCAUUCGAGGAUUUGCAGAGAAACUGAUAAAACUGAAUGGUUUUUCUCAUUUUUACUUUCCCUGUAUGUUGCAGAUUUGUGUAAGAGAGAAGUAGCUGGCCAACAAGGUAAGAUCUUUCCUAGUUUUGUGAAAUUAAAAAAAAAGAAACAUUAGUUUGCUUGCAAAUAAAAUUUUAUUCAACAAUUGAACCACUUAAUUUAAUUUUCCCAUCAUGUGACGGUGCUCCAAGCUCAAUUUUUUUCAGUCACCUUUUUGCGACCUAAACUUAUAAAAUGGUUGCCAGACAUAAUAUAUUGGUCACCAUAAAAAAAAGCACAUUAGGGUGAAAAGAGGAAAAUUGUCUUGAAUACAAAGCAUAAGUAAUAUUUCUUGCAAAUGCUUACACGGUUGUCACUAAGAUUUCAAGUUGCUUGGUAAAUACAACAAGUAGGCGGGGAAUCAAACAGCUAGGGGUUUUCUUUUGGUUCUAUUUUCCUUUGAAAGUUGCAGUGGGCCACAUUCAUAGUAGCCAGGGGAAAUCCUCGGCCCCCGCCCCUUAACGACAGCCCUGUGCUUAUCAAGAAACUUUGUACACCUUCGCUCAUGACUGUCGAACUCAGGUCACCAAAUUGGCGACUUUAGUUGAAAGUUUAGUCGCCAUAUUUUUUUACUCGCCAUGUUGACCAAAAUGGUUGCAGCUUGGAGUGCUGUGUGAGGAGAGUUUGGGAGCAUGGAACUGAGGAUAAUGUUUUGAAAUUUGAAUCUAAAUGAUGCCCUGUUUUUGUAAUUCUGUUAAUGAAAAUGAAGCAUUUAAAAAAAACAUUUUCUUGUUGGUUUUCAGCUGACAGUUUUGAUCCAGGGCUGUGCUCUAGCAGAGCCCAGUGGCCCCUGGCGCCUAACUUUUGUUCUUGGGUGACUAGAAAAUCUUAGUUUUUUCAUACAAAUCAUAUGCUGGGCACCCUAGAUUUUACAGUUUUAGAGCACCGGGUUCCCUUCUAUUUUCCUUAUAGCACAGCCUUGUGAUUGAUUGACAGUUAAGAGCAAACCAUGAAAGAGAAUUUAAUGGUGUUGCUAAAAUUUGGCCUGAUCACAGGUUAAAUUACCUUGAGACUUGAACUCAUGAUCUAUGUAUUACAUUCCCUAUGUACAAUAUUAUGAAUCACUCGAUCAUAUCUUUGUGUCACUGACUUUUUCAUUGUAGAUUAUCCAUCUUAUGGCAGAGGAGAGAUACCAAGAAGAAUAAGUUCCAAUGAGUACUAUAAUUCCAACUAUCGGGAAGAGUUUGAUAACAGGGAUGACAUCAGACUGGAUCAACCUGAUAGUUCAGAAUGGUAUGCAGUUGAGAGUGACUAUGAUCGCAGAAAGGAGGGACAGAAUUUAGGACCAUUUUUCCCAGUUGAAGAUUUACCUUCUGACAGGAGAGUUCUUGACGCUGAGUCGUUGCCCCCUAUUGAGGUUGAAAACUGGGACAAAAUUGGUAUUGGUGCAAAGCAUGGUACUAACAAACAAUCCAACCGAGAUGAAUACAAAAGUCUUCCUUAUGAUUACAAUAGUUUGAAAGCUCCGAAACAUUUACGACAAAAAGAGGAUUCUGGUUCUAAAUCUGCACAAAGUGUUGGUCACAGAAGGGAUUCCUCUAAAAAUAAGAAUGAAUUUGUUGACAAGAGUCUUAAAGAUUCUUUAGGUGACAAUGUAGACUUGGCUUCCAAAAAAAGUGAAAUAAUGCAGUCAGAAGACAAUGUCAGAAGCUUCCCUGUAGAUAGCGAAAAGAAAAUUCCACCAGUCCCAUUAACGAGCGAAAUAGCACCGGACCAUGAUAAUUCUGGUCUCCAAGACAAUCGCAUGCAAACUGAAAAGCAGGCUUCUUCCGAAGGAAGGAGAGAAGAAGGAAAAGUCAUGGUCAAGGGCAAAGUAAAAAAGGUGAAGGCGGACGUAGUCAUCGAUCAAGGGCCUAAUCCAGAGAAGACUUAUAAACGUGUUGAGGAUUUUUUUCAAAGCCAGAGGGAGAGCUCCAUUGUUGAAGUUCCUAAUUCAGUAAAGAAGGAAGAGGCGUCAAAGCUGUACAAGGAUAAUUUCGUUCCCGUGAAGGAUGAUGCCAGUGAUCAUGUUAGCAAGGAACAAGGUGAGAAAUUUCCUGAUUAAUGGAUAUGUCAUUGAGGUUGAACUAUCUUUAAGGUGGGCUCAAUAUGGUCUUAACUCUGGAAAAAUGUCACAUGAACCUAGGUUAGUGGCCUUAUAGCCUGGUGGGGGGGGGAGUACUCCAGAUUUCAAGUGACAAGGAUGAUCGAAUGGCGGCAAAAAUCAAAACCCCCCCCAAAAAAAUUUCCUGGACCAAAAUUUAACCCCCCAAAAAUCCUGAGCCGAAUUUUGGAGCCAUAAAAAUUUAAUCACAGAUUCACGCCACUGGGAUAUGUAGGAACUAUCAUGAAUCUUCAGACUGUUUUGAAUACCCAAAAAAUCUCUACUUAAAUCAAGCUACCCAAAAAAAUACUUGCGAAAAUUUUUUCAACCCCAAAAAAUACAGAAAUUGAAAAUCUCAAACCCCCCAAAAUUCCUUCAAUCAUCUGUGUCACUUGAAAUGCGGAGUACCCCACUGGGCCAUAUAGCUCUCCUGAGUCUCCUGCUCCGUAGGUUAGUGGUAGAGCAUCUGGCCUAGUAACCCUGAAGGUGAUAGGUUUGAAUACUAUCAGCUGUAAUCCAGGGGUGUAGCCAGCCCACAGACCUGUAGGCCUGAGCUUACAAAUUUUUGGUUUGAUUACUCUGCCACUUGUAAUAAAUUAUGGAUUGUUGGGGAGAACUGAAAAGAUUAAGAGCUCAAAGUGUUGGUGAGGUCAGUGCGUACUAGUCAUGCGUUCAAUUUUCAGGAUAUGUGGAAAUGAAAGUCAGCCAGGCCUACAGCUAGUCAAAAAACCGGGCUACUCCCCCCCCUUGUACUGAAUCCUAUUGGGAGUCCAGUGGAACCUUCAUAAUUAUAACGAAUGGCCAAGGGACUGGCAAAAUUUUUCUCGCUGUAACGAGGUUUCAUUAUAAAGAGGGUUUUUUCAUAUAUUUUGCUAUCACUGGGGUAAAGAAAAUAGUUCGUCAUACCAAGGAUUUGGUUAUAUUGAAGUACUUCAUAUUGAGGUUACACUUUAAUCACUUAAUGAGAGCGGUGGAUUUCCCUCCAGCUUACAUCAACAUGACCCUUAGCUUAACUCUUAUACAUUGUAGAAAACCAAUGGAAAAUAACGCCAAAAGAUGCCCCUGCCCAAGCUGUUCAAUACUUGAAAUCUUACUAACUGCCGAGCUAAAAGUGAAAAUGAAUUCUGCAGCUUCAUUGGGAAAGCUGUUGUUUGCAUUUUUAAAGUUUAAUUCUAUGUAUAGAGUGUUAUAACUGUUGUCGUAACAGAUUUCAUCUUCGUUUGCAGCUGAUUCUGAUAAAUUAAAAGAAGGCAACAUCAAAUUGUCAAUGAAUCAGAAGUAAGUUUCUCUUCCCCUUACACGUCUAUUUUCUGAUGAUACAGGUUAUGUAAGUUUACAUAACCAUCCAAGCUUUGAAAAGGAGUAAACAGCCAUGAGAGAUCCUACGAUCAGGAACAAAAUUAGUUGAGACACGUCUCCAUUUCUGAUGUUUUGCUGAAAAGGGGAAAAUGAUGCUUUCUCUCCCCCACCCCUUCCAUGCAAUGUUGUGCUGCUGUUUGCUACCUGUAGGAAACAACCAACACUCCGUCCUUAAAUGGAUGGGAAGGGGAGGGGUGUGGAUUGUUUUGUUCUCUGAAGUUACCCAAUUUGAGGACAGUGUCUCAAUAAUUUAUUCGUCGAUUGUAACAUGUUAGAUCUGAUCGUUCAGUGAGACAGACAAAUACAGUCAAACCUAGCUUUGCAAACACCUGCUUAAUACGAACACCUCAUUAUUACGGACAGUUUGCUUUGUCCCUGGGGAAAGAAAUCCCUUACAUUUUCUCUAAAUCCAACCUGCUUAAUAUGGAUACCCCAUUAAUACGGACUCUUUCUAUGCCCCCUCAAUGUCCUACGGUUGUAUUUAAUAGAGUACUAAAGUGAUGAUGUCAUAAAAAUGAAAUUUCUGGAAUUAUGGGAUUUGUCAGGAUAUUCUGAAAUAACAAUGUCAAAGCCUUGAGGCCUACUUACCCAAAAUGAGCAUUUUGGAGCAAAUUGUCUCUGAGAUGUUAGGCAGUUAUACUCAGAAAACUCCAUACAAACCCUUCUAAUUUUUUGGGGGGUUGACCCAAAAAAAUUUAGAAGGGUUUGUAUGGAGUUUUCUCAGCAUAAUUGGGCUACAAUCUCAGAGACAAUUUGCCCCGAAAUGCUCAUUUUUGGCAAGUAGGCCUCUUGGACAUUGUUCUUUCGGAAUAUCCUGACAAAUCGCAUAAUUCCAGAAUUUCAUUUUUAUGACGUCAUCACUUUAGUACUCUAUGGGGUUUGACUGUAGAAUGGAAAAAGAAAUAUAAAAGAAAUUCAGUCUCGUUUGACUAUUAAAAAGCUAAAGGAUGGCCCGAAGUUGGAACACCCAUUAGUGCCCAGUAGGUCCUGCAGUCCAUUAUUCUUGUCUCCAUAUCACUGCUGGUGAUUGUUUCAGCAUGUUACACUAUACAGCUUACAAUACUUUCUCAUGCCUGCUUCCUCACAACCUCUGUACACUCUAAAUCUAUACAGUGUAACUGCAGCCCAGGCCAAAAUAGUCGCAGCCGCACUUCAGAAUGCCCUUUGGAACAAUGCGCCAUCCCCUAUGUUUACUGUGACAAAGUAAGCUAAUGAUCAUGAUAUAAAGAUAAUCUGUCCAUAUUUUGAACACUGAUUUUUCCAUCACCUCAGUAACUUUCUUACGUAGCACAGCUGAAGAUUCAAGAUCCUCGUGGCCCCUAAAAUAAUGUUUCAUAGGGGUGGCCAGUUCCUCAUUGUUAGUUACCAGGUUGUUGCACCCUUCUGAACUAUUAGUUUUUGUUGUAACUGACGCUAAUGGAUAGCAUGCGUUACAAACAUCCGGAUAAUUUAUGUCCUAAAGUAAACUAAGGGGACGAUAGGUGAGACCAUAAUAAAAUUAAAGAAUCGACCAAAAAGACUGUACAAUAUUUCAUAUUGCAAUGUGAGUUUAAACAAAUAAGAUCUAUAAUUGGAUGCCCACUGCUGUGACGGAUUACUCUUAACAUAUUUGUUUUCAAAAAUUUAUGUCUUCAGAGAAAUCUACAUGUAGUUGACAACUUGGUUACUAAUUUUCAGGAUUUGAUCAUCAAUGCAACACAGAAUUAUUCUACGAUGCUCGUGUGUGUAUUAACAGAAUGUUUGCAUGUGUUUUCAACAGGGUCAACAAUGCAGAAGUGAAGCUUAAGAUGGCACAAACACAGUACACCCUUGAAGAGCCCAGGUCUGUUGCCGAAAGGAUCACAAAAGGUAAUAGUUCAAAUAGACUUUAGUUUUUAAAUGCCACACCCUAAAGGACCAUAUAGUGACCCGUUAAAUCUUUUUUAAAAUUAUUUUUGAAACUUUGUUUGUGGUAAUAUCUUUUCAGAACCUAGUGUGAAAGAUGAAGUUGCACGGAAUAGUGGCCUGGAGAUCAAGGCAGCUGAUUAUGAAGAUACUCCAGUAAGUAUUUAGUACCCUGUACAUGUACAACCACUUAUGUCAGCUUGUUCUUUCAAUUGCCCCUCCCUUCCUUCCCCCCUCCUCUUCAACCUCCCUUGCAAUUGGACAUAGUUCAAGAAAGUUAGAGGGGGGAGAAGGGGUGGGGUUGUGUUGUUAGGGCAUUGACCCAAUGGCAUUUUUUUUUGGUCUCUAGACUGUUCUCCAUAAAUUUCUUAUGACAUUAAUGUGGAAUAAGUCCUUCCUUUAGUUGUCAAUUUCUUUUAUUUUUGGGAGCUUUGAGCUCGAUGUACCAUAUUCAUACACUCAGGAGAAAUAAUAUACAUUGUUAAGUUAGACACUGCUAGGUUUUAAGGUGAAUUGAACUCCUAAGGGAGUUUUUUUAAAAAAACAGUGAAACCUUGACUUGAGUUUGAGUUGAUGGUUGAAUUUACUACAAAUUGAGCCAAUGGGAAAGUGAACUUAGUUGGAGUUAUUAGGGGGUUUAAGUGAUGAAGUUUCUAUGGUAACCUUAGAGUCUGUUUUAUUGUUUUACUCUUUUACCAACAUUUUUUGGUUCAUAGUAUUAUGUUAAGUCCUAAAAGUUAUUCUUUUUAGCUCUAAAACCUACACUAAAUCUUAACAAAGAUUGAUUUGAAGAACUUUUAAAUAUUUUCAAACCUUUCUGCUUGGAUAUUUUUCAAGAACUACAGGUUGAGCAUGAAUCUAUUGUGUGAUUUUGUGUAGCUCAAUAAAACUUAAAUUUUAUUUCAAAGAACAAGCUAUUUAAAGUAUUCAUCAAUCAGUUACCAUAUAUGGGAAUAGCUCAUAAACUAUUCAAGUGCUGUCAUAUGAAUUAAUUAUGAAUUUAGCAGAAAGCUUUCAUUUCUUAUUGUGAAUAAUACAUCACAAAGAAGCCUGUCAUUGACCGAAACACUAUUACUGCCUAGUCUUGGUGAAGAAUAAGACUUAUGUGCUAAAUUUAUGUGAGUAUUUUUGUGUAGUUCAAUUGAAUAUUUUCUUCCUUAUUGAACUUCAACAAGGUGUAAGAUGUGUUUUUUCUAAUCUUGAUUUCUUUUGACAUCAAAUAGAGAAAUCCUCCUCACAAUAAUUAUUGUAAUUUUCCCAAUCCUGGGUAUUAUUUUUUAUACCAUGCUUUUUCCUCAUUUUAAACAAGUGUUUCCUUCCUAGGCAAUUGUGAAACAGGUUUUUAAUUUCAGUUUUAACUUGUUUUUAGAUGUGUAAGCAAAGAGACGUUUGUUGGAAAUUUUGUUUCUAUUCAAAGAUGAAUUUAGAGAUCAUGAUGUAAAUCAGAGAAAUUUAGUUUUAUUCAAUACUUUUAUAAUAAUUUUAAUUAUUUAAUUUUUAAGUUUAAAGUGUUUUUUGAACAACACUAUAAUUUUUCUUUAUUAAAAUAGAAGAUUAUAUAUUAUGUAAUUUCAAACUGAUUUACAAGAUUUUUUCUCACUAUGUAGUUUAGAUUAAUCUCUUGUAGUUUUGGUCUGCUAGAUUUUUAAUUUUCUAGAUAUUUUCUUGUUGGUAUAUUUUUCUGAACAUUGGAACAAAGUAUUCAUUUAUUCCCUCACUCAAAGAAUCAAACCUUCUUUUCACUUUUCAAAAAAUUCCAGAUAAUCAGGGAUUUCUCCAUUUUCAACUGCCUCUUUUUUUCCCUCUCUAUCAAAAAAACUCUGGGUCAUACGUACACUGUUUACAAGCAGCCAUUAUGACACCUAAAGGAGAAUCAUGAGGUUGCCCCUAUAUGAAGAUCUCUCCUUACAGAUAGGCCACCCAGCCAAGGAAAGGUUGCCCACACCACUGGGGUCUACGGCCCCUACCUAUUUUAAUUUGAACCGUGGUGUGGGUUCUUUUACUUCUCACAAGAACCAGAUAGGUCAAAGUGCUGUGAGACAGGCCCCUUUUCGGUCAGAAAGACUCUCUGUCCAAAUUCUAACAGAAAGUGUUUGUUUAUUACUUGCAGAGCAAAAAUGUAAAAAGUGGACGGCCUAAGACAUCAGUGGAAACACAGCAGCCAAAGUACUUCCUUAUCACUAUCAUUGUUGUUGGUUGUGUGACUGGAGUCGUGUUGACAGCAGUUGCAAUUUACCUGAUGAUGAGAAGGUAUGACAGCCUCAUCCUUCUGGAGAGCAAAGAGUAUUUGGAAGCUUAAGAAACCACAGAAAUGAAAACAUCAAAAAACCAUUGGUUUUAUGAGCAAAACAAGAGCUCUGCACAUGCAUCACUUUUUAGUACAUUUCUUUGACUUCCACUACAUGAUUACGCCCUGAAAUCUCCUGAUGCGACAUUUUGUAGAGCAAGUGAAAAUAUGACAGACACUUUUCCUUCUCUUGUUUUGAACCUGGAUAAAGUCCUUCAGAAUUCAACUCUAGGAAAAAUCACCUUCAUUUGACAAAUCGAAGGGGUUUAAAUAGACACAAUUAAGUUUCAAAGGGCACAUUUUGUUUUCACUGCUGUCAUCGUUGUCAUUGCUUAAGCUCCCUGCUUCUAAAAGUACAACCCCUUGCAUUUUUUUCUAAAAGUGUUUGUUAUGUCUAUCUGAACAGGGUUUUCAGUGUCCUAAAUGUCUCUCAAAGUGGACAAGAGACAACAUCAACUAUCCAUCAAUCUGCCAUGUUUAAUCCCCCAGGAUUCUUACAGUGCACAUGUCUUAAUGUAAAUCUAUGAACAUAUUGCACUUGAAGGGUCAAAGUUUAAUAACAACAAAGCUCGGAGGCCUACAGCAUCUAAAUCAUUUUCCCUUUGUUAGUGCAAAUAAGAUUAACUGCUACUGCUCAAAACAUCAGCUUUUGAAUCUGUUUUUCCAUCAACAGUUCACCUUAAUAAUUUCUAUUUAUAAGCCUAUUAUUGUGUUUGUUUUUUCUGUUUUUACAGUACCAUCCACUCUUUGUUUAUAUUGGGUAACCCUCAGUGUUUUUCAAAUUUUUUGUCAGGCACAAAGAAACAAAGGGUUUCAAGCCAGUCACUCUUCCUGGUCAGGAAGCCGCUGCAGACUACCAGGUAAAAUGAUUUGAACCAUUAAUUUACCCAUCCAACAGAAGACAAAGAUGUAUUGGAGAAUGCAUUUAAUGCAUUAGUACUGCAAUAUUAUUAUAAGGACUCUAGCAGCUGUCCAUGAACCCUGGUACCAUACUUUUGCUCUUGGGUGACUAGGAGAAUGAAAAUCUGAUGCAGAGCACCCUGGAUUAUACGGUUUCAGAUCAUUCAGGGUGCCAGUUAACCCUUGAAGUCCCAAUAGUGACCUUCAUCAAUUUUCUUUUAACAAUAUCCAUACAUUGUCACGAGAAUUAAUCAAAUGAUCGCCAAAGAGAAAACGCUUUCAUCUUUUAUUAAACUCUCUCAACUAUGUAUGAAUAUCAGUGUGGAGAAUUUGGUUGUGGACAUUGGGGCUUAGAGGGUUUAAUAUUUUUUUUUUCAGGACGGCCAUGCUCAAAUCAAGGCUGUUCAGGGGCGAAUGGGUUUUAAAAAGUAGCUGUAGUGGUACUGUUGUGGCCCACUAAAACAGCCUUGAAAUCGAAUCUAUUUAAAGGGACCAUUUGACAGCACUUUAGUCCACUUUGUUUUGUUUUGCUAAUUACUGCUAUGAAACUUGAUGUUUGUGAAGAAAUUUCUAAAUUCCAAAAUUGCGGUGUUAUCACUAGAUGUCUCCUAAGGGUAAUAUUCAAAGGUACCAACAACAGAGAUGAACUUUGAAGAAAUGUUAAGCUGAACUCAGCUUUUUCAAUUCAUUUCAAUAUUCAUUAAUUUAUCCAUCCAUACCUUCAUUUGUACUUGCUGUUUUAUUUGAGUUGUUUGUUUUUUUUCACUUACUAGAGUUCUAAAGUGAUGACAUCAUAAAAAUUAAAUUUGUGAAAUCAUGGGAUUUGUCAAGAUAUUCUAAAAGAAUGACUUCCAUGACACCUACUUGCCAAAAAUUAGCAUUUUUGGGCAAUUUGUCUCAGAAAUAUUAGCCCAGUUUUGCUCUGAUGACUCCAUACAAAUCCUUCUAAAUUUGAUGUGGGUCUAAACGUUCAAACCCCAAGUCACAACUUUAAUUUUUUAUGAUGCCACACAUUAGAACUUGAUUUGGUUGCCAGUUCCUGAUAGCUGAAAUUGGUGAAAUUAUGUGCCAUUUAUACAAGAUGUAAGGGUUACAAGUUAUCCUAAAUCAGUCAUUUAUGGCUUUAAGGGUGAAAAAUUAUGGCUGCAUGGCUGUUUUUUUAACCAGCUUUGUCACUUUUUGUAGGAACUUUGUCGUCAACUGCGUGCCACUCAAGGUUGGGACAGCGCACCUGUAAAGACUACACCCACACAGCAUGGUGUUGAAAAAGAAAAGGGACUGGGAAGUGGACGUGCUCCCAAAUACUCCUGGUAUGUAAAACUGAUAAAAAAUUACAGCAGUACCUAAGGGAGGGGUCAAAUUGCAUGUCAGUGGCUCGUUGGACUGAGGUCAGGCCAGGUCGUUCUUGUCAUGGUUCGUUCUUGCAAAAUGUUUUUCUACUCUCUACCAUUCCCCCCUACAGUAAGUAUGCAGUAAGUUAAGUUUCACUGGUUAGCAGUGUGAGGGUGCUGGGAUGGAUGCCACUCUCAGGGUUGUCAAGGUUACGUAUUGCACUUGGCUACAUUUCGGGGCUCCAGCAACCUCUCAGGUACCUCCCCCCAUGCUCAUCUUCCCACCUACCCCUCCCCAAAGACAACGUUUUACCCCAAGUGAGAAGUAAGCGUUAAUGUUGGCUUAGGAGAGGGGUAGGUGGGCAAUUUUCCAGAAAUGUACAAUGAUCCAAGUAACUUAGUUUUUUCCCAUUCUUACGGUUGUAUCAUUGGGCUGAUAAUUAAAAAUACGUUAUUAAUUAUUCUUUUUCAGGAGUGAAGAGCCAGUUGUCCCAAAUAUGGACAUUUCCACUGGUCAUGUGGUUUUGGUAAGUAUACUCAUCAGUUGUUGGUAACAAAGAUGAUGAUGAGUAGGAUGACUGGUGGUUGCCUGUUUUCCAUGUUACAGGUAACUAACCUGGACAUGAAUAUAAGGACUAACCUUAAAAUUAUGUCAUUACACAAGUGCAAAUUUUGGAAUAUGAGCAUUGCCUAUGCACCAUACUAAGGAAAAACUAACAUAAUCUUGCCUUUCUCUCUCAUUAGGCCUACAUGGAAGACCAUCUUAACAAUAAGGACCGGCUAAACAAAGAAUGGGAGGCAAGUGUUUUUUUCAAAUACAGUAUAACCUCUGGUCCAUGAUGAAACAUUUGUUUGGGUGACUGCCUUGAUGUUGAGUUGUGGGAACCAAGAUUUCUUUUCAAGGAGGCUUAAAACAGUCUAUUAGGUCAACGUAAACAAAGUUCAACCACAAUCAUUACAUGUAUGUUCCGAUGCCCAUAUUAUUGUUACUAGUAUUCUUUGGGCGUAAUUUUGCAUUUUAAGUUUGUUUUCAAUUGACAGCUUUCUGGAAUACAAGAAAUGCAAUAAACUUGAUCUAGGGAUCACUUGUUUUGGCAUACAUUGCAUUGCAAUAUCUAGAUGUCUGUUUAAACUAACAUAUUCUGAUAUCUGUAGUUUGUUCAUGGUUCAAAGGUCACAGUAGAACUGAGGGAGCCUCUGGCUCGGAAGAUUGUGCAAACACUUCCCAUGCCUUCGACAGCAAAUAAAUUAUUCAAUUCCAUUCUAAAAACUUUGCAUGUUCUUAUUUCAAAAUAUGGUCCUCAUCUUGAUGCCACAAUCCUUCCUCAAUACUAGCUGUACUGUCAGGUCAAAGCAGGGAUUGAUAACUUGUUAUUUUACUUUUGUAUUUAUUUAGGACUUAGAGGCAUAAUGUUACUUUAAUUUCUUCUGUAGGCUUUAAAAACAUAUGAGGCUGAACCUAAUAGCAGAGAAGUUGGGAAAAUGGAGAAGAAUCUUCGCAAGAAUCGCUACGGCGAUGUUCUGCCAUGUAAGUAUUAUCCUGUUGCACGACUGCUGUUAUUGACUAGAUUUGUUUGAAACUUGGAAAAUGUUUUAGAAUGUGAAUCAAAGUGGUUGCCUGACGAUGACAGUCGCCAACUACUUUGAUAUCUUUUUUUUUUUCCCAAAGCUCAUCAACCAAACACUCAUGAGUCUAGGUCUCAAGCCCCUCUCUACGAGAAGGUCUUUUCAUCACUGCAUUGUAAUCCACAAGUGUCUAAUCUGAGAAACUGAUUUUAACUUAAAUUUUAUCAAAAAUGAAGUGGUUCUUUCAUGUAACACAAGAUACUCCAACUGUCUUUGAUUGCCCCUACCCCAAACUAACUGGGGAAACAAAUAUUUAUCUAGCAUUCUGACAGACUGAAACAGUCUUCCACCCGAUAUGAAAGAAACAAGCUUUAUAUCCAUUUUUAAAUCCAAACUAGAAACCUUUUUAGAAAACCUGAACUAGUUUUAACUAGUUGUUAACUUUGUUACUUCAAUUUUAAGAUUUUUACCCUUUAAUUUUAUGAGUCAAUUUUACUUUUUUGCAAUUAAAUAAUUUAUGAAUUUUGUUAAUUGAUGAGGGCCCCACUAAAAAUAACCAUGGUGAGUUGCGCUCCCUCUUAAAAUAUCAUUAUUACUUUUUAUUUUUUCAGAUGACCAUAAUAGGGUUCUUCUGAAGGAGACUGCAAGUGCUACUGGUUCUGAUUACAUCAAUGCCAGCUAUAUUGUAAGUGAUCAAACCCCAAAUUUUCCUUUGAGUUUCAUCCAUUUGUUACACAGUUAUAACAAAGUAAUAUAGAAUAUUGAAACUUGCAAAAAUUUCUGGAUUCACGCAUCCAACCUUGUUUGUGGCGAGGGGGGAGAGGUUAGCCAUUUUUGAUUCAAGAGAAAGUCCACAAAUACAAAUAGUCCAGAGACAGUUUUCCAUGAUUGAAGGCUAUCCCUUCCCUGCUUCAAGAUUAUCGCCACAAGAAGCUUCAUUUGAGUCAGAGAGCAACCCUUGCUCUUAUGUCAAACACUAGAUCCUCCACGUCGUGUUAUAAGAAUUUAUCAUGGUGUGAUACACCAUUCCAUGUUUGAAAUAUUCCUGUUUCAUCAAGACUUUGGCAAUGGAUGGGUUGCUUUGUUUUAUUGUGUUGUAUACUCACAUUGGAUGUGACUCUCCACAGAUGGACCAUGAUCCCAAGAAUCCUUCGUACAUUGCAACACAGGGACCCCUAGCUCAAACGGUGUCAGAUUUCUGGCAGGUAGGGUGUUAUGCUAUGAGUAUUUUAAAUUUUAAAUUGUAAAUAUCUUAUUAUCCACUCCCCCAGAGCUUUUCAGGGCUAAUUUACAAUGCUGGUUGGGGGGACUUUCGCCAGACUGCUUAUGGUGCAGUUUACAAGUAAUGAAGGAAUGACUUUGAAUUUGAGAUAGAUCACCACACCCGGGACUAUGUCCCUACUCUUUACAAACAGUGUUUGGGUUCUUCAAUGUUCCACAGAAUUUAUUAUAUGCACAAGGAUUGUGAGACGGGGCUUACAGUUCCAUGUCCUUUUCCAGGAAGACUAGAAAGUCUAACUAUUUGCAAAUGUCAUCACAAAAGCAGUGCUUUCUCCUCAGUUAUUUUUAAGAUCUGGAUUGUUGGUCUGGCCGGGGUUUGAACCGACAUACAGCCUCCUCCUCACAGACCUUGUGCUUUUCCAAUUGAGCUAACCGGCCUUCAAUUAUUGUGAUUCAGUUUUAUAACCUGUUUCAUUUUGUUGCCCUUUCAGAUGGUGUGGGAACAAGGCGUGGUAGUUAUUGUUAACUUGACUAAGCUUUCAGAUCUUGGAUUGGUAAGUGCUGUCCUCUGUCACUUUUAAUGGCCAGUUUCAAAUUGUUAUUGAUAUUAAUUAUUUUUAUAACUUCUAAAAUUUCAAAUUCUGUGUCGAGUGCAAUUAAAGGAUUAGAAAUGAAACCAUUCAAAUUUUUCUCUUACAGCCCCAAUGCCAUCGAUACUGGCCCGAGGAGCAGCAACCAAUUGUCACAUAUCGUAUUUAUGAGGUACGUUGCCAUAAGUUAAAAUAAAUCUUAUGAUUUGCCAUGCUUUCUUGUGCAAAUGUUGAUAUUGUUUAAUCUGCAUCAACCCCAAAUGUCUUGUGUUCACAAUUCAGGUUCACCUUGUCUCGGAGCAUAUAUGGUGUGAAGAUUACUUAGUGAGAAGUUUUUACUUGAAAAACCUACAGGUAUACAUGUGGUCAUACUAAUGAGCAUUAUAAUUUUUUUCUAAUGAAAUAAUGACUACCACAGUACUUAAUGGGGAAUGGUGAUUUAAAAAUACACAUGCUAUGCCAGCAUGCAAAGAAAGUCAUGUCCAAUAGCCUGGGGCUAGUGGAUUUUGCUAUCGGGUUAGGGAAUUCUGUUCUUAACUUCAGUGCCCAUCUGGCAAGUGAAGUAUUUUUGGGAAAUUCAAAUUACUGAAGAACUGUAAUCAAUGCUGCUCAUCAAAAAUUUUGGGGGGCUACUUAAAAGACUCUUGGGCUAGUACAUACUAGCAACAAUUUGCCCGAUUGGCAAACUGUAAAACCAACUUUUCUUUGCACCCUGCUUCGUUAAAGUAGUUUUAAGUGGUUAACCUUUAUUUCAAUGUAUCUUUUUUGUUCUUCCAUCUUACAGACUAGUGAAACAAGAACUGUUACUCAAUUCCACUUUCUCACUUGGCCGGAUCUUAAUGUUCCUGCUACUCCUAAGCCACUUCUGGAAUUCAGACGGUAAGAGUUGUGAGCAAGUGAUGUGUUCACAGAGCAGUGUUCUUCUUCCAUUAACACUGGUUAAAUGACCAUCACAUCUCCCUUGAUGCCAUUGAUUAUUAAGUAGACAUUUUUCCUUGGCUGCUUCCGUGUGCUUUUCUUCCACCUGCUAAGCUAGCACCCUCACUGUUACUUAUCAAAAUUAAUGAAACUUAGACACCACAAUUUAAAAGCACCUAAUGACAACUUAUCCAGGGUUCUCAAUAGAUUUUUAAGUAGGAGGUGAUCACUGAUAAAGUAGGAGGCUCUUCAAAUGACAACUUCAAUCGCGGGUGCCGCCUUCUAUUGAGAACCCUGUUAUCGUGGCGUUACAGCCAUCUCUCUUUGCUCCUUGUGGCGAAGAGCAAACGGAGAUGACUGUAUUCACAGGCUAACGACGUCUUUUUUUAAAUUUGUCAUUUAUCCUCUUGUACACAGCCAGUUGCUUGACACUUGGGCUUAUCUCCAUAAUUUUGCUGUAUGUACCUUAUACGUUAUACUUAGAACUUUUACUGACAACACAGAACUACAUGUUACCUAACGAAGAAAUUGUAUGCAAUAAAUUCUUUUCCAAAAGUAGAUAAGUCCUAAUGUCUCCCUUUAGAUUUGACUUUCAAUUUGUAAGCAGCCAUUGACUCUAUUCAGUUUGAGUGGACACUUGGAGGGGUUCACCCUGGUCGCAGAAGUUUUUCUUGAAAUUUUUUCGUCACAAAAGAGAGAGCGAACCGCAAAUCAACUUGUUGUUGCCACUUCUCAGCUCGCUCUCUCUUUCACAAAGAAAAAUUUCAAGAAAAACCUCUGGGACCCGGGUAAUAGGAGUUCAACUGUGUUAUAAUCAAAGUAUAUGUUAUUCUUUAGAAAAGUGAACAAGUGCUUCAGAGGCCGAGCCUCUCCAGUUGUCGUUCACUGCAGUGGUGGAGUAGGGAGGACUGGAACUUACAUACUGAUUGACAUGGUGCUGAACAAGAUGAUGCGAGGUCAGUGCCGUGGAUUGUUGAUAAAAAAAUGUUUAAUAAAUUUAAUUAUUAAAUUAAAGGAGUUUUAACCAGAAUUUUUGUGAUUGCUAGAAACACACUCUAGAAACACAUAUGAAAUCAAAGAAACCCAAAAAUGUUGGUUUAGUCUUGCUUCAAAUAAUUCUUAAUUCGACAAGGGCAAGUGUUGAACAUAAAAACGUUGGCUCAAUUUUUUUUCAAGUUGCUUUUCAUGUGACAGUCUAUUGUUUAUUGAACCUUGAAACUGUUGGUGUUGCAAACCAAUCCUGUGGGAAUUGAACUCUUUUCUUAUGUAAAAUUUUUUUGUUCAAUAAAUUAGCAUAGAUGCUGGCCACUAUAGUAACUUAACUGUAAACUGCACCUUAAGCAGUCUGCAUGUCCAGUUAAGUUUUAAUAAGAUUAAACUUAUGUUCACAGAGAGUUGUUUUGAUUAAACUUGUGUUCACAGACAGUUGCAAAGAAUAGUUUUAGCAAGCGUUUUACCAUGUUAUUAUGACAUUUAAAAGCUCAUGAGGAACAGUUGAUCUGCUUUGAUUGAGUACUUUCAGAAACUAAACUCAUAAGGGGUCUGGUACCUAAGAGAGACAAUACUAUUCUACUUACUUGAAUGAGCACUGCAUUUGGGAGCCAAAAAACUACUAAGUACAACACCCUCCAAGAAACAAUGCAAAGAAGAAUUCCAAAUAGGAAUUUUAACCGCCAUCAAGUAAACACGUCCAUCAAGUAAUUGUCACAGAAGUCUUUAGAUUUUAACUAAGGCACAUCACCUAGUGAAACUGGCAAACAGUGUUCAAUGAGUAUUAUUACAAUAAUAUUGUAUUCUUUCGGUAUGUGCAUCAAUCUCUAGUCAUUAGAUUACAUAUGAAGGGUUAUUAAGCAAACAACAGCUACAAAUUGCAUGACAUUGGUGAGACUGUCCUUGACUUAAUUCACAGGUGCUAAAGAAAUUGAUAUUGCUGCUACAGUUGAGCAUUUACGCGACCAGAGACCAUCAAUGGUUAAAACUAAGGUAAGGAACGUUAGGCCGAUUACUUCUGCAUUCUUGAACAGUUUGAAGUGGUUAUUCUGAGAUAUUAGCAACGGCUUUAAUCAGUUAUUUAGUGCUGGUGUUGCCCGGAAUCCUUUUGCCUGGAUUGUUUUGAUUAUUCGUUGUGGAAACACCUCACUUGUGAUGCAGGACAAGUGGCAAGAUUGCAGGUAGUGGACAAAACACUGACUCCCAGUCCAUGGACUACCCAUAUGGACUACUCUAAAAUGGACUAUGCCCCAGGCCCCGGUUGUUCAAACGUUGGACAUCGCUAUCCAUCGGAUGAAUCACUAUCCAGUGGAUAAGACAGGGGCACCCAACGUCAAUUUUCGGAAAAUAUCUGUUCGGAAGACGAUUUGAGAUCUAGAAUUUUCGGAACAUUUGUUGUAAAAUUUCUUACUUGCCUGCCUUUCCUAGGAUUUUCGAACAUCUAAAAAACGGUAUAAUUGCCCAUUUUUAACGGAUUUUUACCCUAAAAAGGUCACCUAGAAUUUUCGUAAGCCUUUUUUCUGGCUGAAAUUUUCGAAAAGGUAAGUUUUGAUCCCUAGAAUUUUCGGAUCAGUAGACUUUCAGCUAGGAAAUCCGAACAGAUGGAAAAUUUUUAGGGCAUAAAAAUAUGCCUAUAUCUACCGUUUAAAUACUAAAAUACGUUUAACAUUGCUAUGUUUUAGUGGUUUCGAACUAUAUUCUCGUUGGGUGCCCCUGAUAAGUAUUAGGAAAACCGAUUGCACUAUCCACUGGAUAGUGUUAUUCACCUUUUGAACAACUGGGCCCCGAAGUUUAGUGAUAAAGGUUAGAAAACUGAGUGAAUCAAGUUUGAGGUCAGAUUUCUAAGUAUGAUGAACCUAAAUGGAACCUGAUUCACUCAGUUUCCUAACCCUAAUCACUAGACUUAGGCGGCAUAGUCCAUUUUAGGGUAUAGUCCAUAUGUAGGGAAAUGUAUGGGGACAAGUUUGGAGAAUCUGUAUGUUGAUAUUGGGGCUUAAAUGGUUAAGAUAUUGUUAUUUUGUUCUUUUUAGGCUCAGUUUGAGUUUGCACUGACAGCGGUUGCUGAAGAAGUGAAUGCCAUCCUCCAAGCUCUCGCCAAGUAACCUCUACUGUCAACACUGUGUCCUAUUUCAGUUUUAUUUGCUGGACAUUUUAAUUUGGCCAUUUAAAAUGGUUUGGUUCUUUAAGGUGUUGGUUUACAAUAAUACUGUUGAUAAUGCAAUAAUACUUGAAUGAAUCCAAUUCUUGUUAUAAGUUGUAGCGAAAUCUACAGAGUAGGUGAGGACUUAAUUUUGAUGAGAAAUUCAUUUAUUUAUAUAUAAUUUUUAUAAAAUGGUAAACGUUUUAUUUUGAUAAGGUUAUGUUCGUAUCACAAAAAUAUAUCAUGGUGGCUUAUAAAAUUUUGAAACACUGACCAAAUUUGGAGCCCUCGACACGAUUCGAGGAUUGUUUCUCAUUCACAUAGUUCACGAGUCACGCAAAUGUUGUCACGCGUUUGUCACACUCGAUGAAGAACAUCUUUCCCUCUCUAUAACAUUUGUCCCGGUGUUUUCAUUUUAGGUUUUGUUCGUAAUGAGGGAAAGACAUCUAGUGUAUAGAUAGUAUUUAUUGUGUCAAAGUUCUUUACCAUAAAUGUUGUAUGUUAAUGGAAAAUUAUGGAGGCGUGCGUGGCAGCCUCGUGAUAGUUUUAGUUUGUUUGCAACUUUUGUUGCGUUCAACCGAUAAUACAGGCAACAAAUUCCCGCGCGCAAUUUUUCUAGCAACAUUGUUGCAUAACAUGUCGGAGAGAGACCUUGUUUUUUUUGCAACCCGCGCGGGCAACAAGUAGACUGGAGCUUUUCACUGUGCGCGAUCUGCAACAGUAAAUAAUUUGUUACUCAACAAGUUACUCACGCGUGUGGUAAACCGAGCAGCAUCGCUCUUCAAUGUUGCUCGAGAAAAGUUGCACGAAUAUGUUGCAUCUUAAGUUGUAAAUUUCAUUUUGUUCGUCUUCAAUGGAAGAAUGUUUUAUCUCGAAUCUAGUUAAAAUUUUAAAUGUGUUACAAUUGUAUGAUAUUAGCGUCGUCAUACUUGCUAAUCAUAUUAAUUUUCGGUGUAUAUGUUUUUAAGUAGUUGUUUAUAGGCUUGCAAAUGUUAUUUUUGAUCCAUCUCGUAAUGGAAUCACGUAAAACAACCACUUCCUUAAUGUAUGAGCAGCUACAAAUAGUCUGACAACAAAUUGUUUCCAUCACACAACAACAUUAUGUCGUCUUUUAGUUGAAGAAUUUUUAUCUAACCUUCAGUCGUCACACUGCAUAAAAAUUUAACAAACCUUGUCAAUACGGUUUGUAGUUGCUUACGUGAUUUAUUGGGAACAAGGAGCUUGAGUACUCCAUGAAAGUUUUUCAGUUUUCGUGAUAUUUCAGUUGUUUCUCAAAAACGUUUGACAGCUGCUGAGUCAAAGCCAGCCAUAGAGACAACUGAAGCCGUAUAUCAUUAUACAAUUGUUGUUCAGGGCCCAGUAGUUGUUCGAAGGCCGAUUAGCGCUUAACCCAGGGUUAAAUUUAACCGUGGUUUCUCUUUCUUUUUCUCAAAAACAUUUUCUCGGAUAAUUUUCCCUCCUAUUUUUAAGAGCAUCCAAUCAUCAACUUGCUGACAAAAAGAAUUCAAAUUUCGCACAAACCCUGGGUUAUCUUAACCCAGCUUUGAACAACUCGGACCAGGCGUCCUUCUGUAAAAAAGUGGACACUGCUUUCAUCCCACAAUCAGAGCCCUCCUUUUGUGAGUAAGUAAAAGAAGGACUCUGUUAGCAGGAUGCCGUUCGGAAUACUGGUCCCAGGAUCGUCGCAUAUUCUCAGAAAAGUGCAUUGAUGCCUUUAAUGUCGUCCACCGUCUCGAACCGUCACUGGUUAUUACCCAAAAAGUAUUAGCAAAAUUAUAUAAUAUUAUAUGAAUUCAGUGGCAUGUCACAAAUAACAAUUAUUUUUAUUUAUAUUUUUCUUGAAACAGUUUAGUUUGACUUGAACAGAGAGCGCUUGCGUCUCGUUCGAUCUUUAACUACCAUGCAAAGUCGUCGUCAAAGGGACAGCUCUUUCUGUUUGCCGAGAACUGAAAGGUUGAACGAAAAUGACCACAUUUAACGGGAUAUGUAAAAAUCUAUUUUAGCUUUAUGACAGAACGGUAUUUUUAACUGAAUUUUAAGCCCUUAUCUGUCCGAAUGCAGCUCGUCGUAAACAUUCAAUGAUACCAACCAAUAGACGUGUAGUUAGGUUGUAAGUUUGACUUCUGCGAUGUUCUUGUGACUUGCAAAACCCGCAACUCGUAACUUCGCGGGGAAAAGCACAUGGCUUACUCGGAAAAGUACUCCAAACAACUGUAUAGGGAAAAAACAACAGCUUGUUCGUUAUAAUAUUGUAUUUACUGCAUAGGAUUACCUAUUAAUCGCCUUAGGAUUUAUAGUGCUCAGUUAAAAAACCGUUCCCAUGACGUAGGUAAGGAUUUUCGUUUUCAGCAACUUUAAAAUUGUAUGAAGAGUUGAAGGAAGUCUUGACGAGGGAGAAGAAGACUAGGAAUAAUUUAGGCUCGUUUAUCUAUCGGGCCAAUCAAAUCAAUGGGGUUAAACUUACUAUACUAUUCUACUUACUGAAUAUACUAUUACAUUCUUCCUAGACUGCAAGCAGUCUCUCUUUUGCUCUAAAAUUUGUGUGCGAGCACGAUACGUGAGUAUACCGCGAGUAUCGAGUUGUGUGCGGGAGUGAAUACGAGCCUGCACUCGCUCACAGAUUCGAGCAAAAGAGAGACUGCACGUAGUCUGCAUUCUUCCAAUGAUAAUACUAACUCCUUGACUGUCUCUAAUAGCAAAUACUCAGAUGAGUACUUUUUAGAGAAAUUUGCCAUGGUCUUGCGCUAAUUUCUAAAGAAAUGUCUGUUGUCUUACGCUAAACUGGUAGUAUUUGCUAGCACAGUAAUGCAAAAUUGUAUGUGUAAUGAGGCGUUGAAGACUCGCGCGGUUUGGAAGGUAACGUUCGUGAACGCAACAGCUUAUUGCAUGCAAAAAGGCGUAAACGUCUUAAAAUGCGAAUAUAAAAGUUAACGUUGAGACCACGGCUAAUUCCUUUUUUAAAAAAAGUCAAGCCCCGGCUAUAAAAUCAAACAUUUUUGUCCAGCGACAUGCUUAAAGAAUUUUGAAUAGCUGAGCACGUUUGGUCGUUUUCGUAAUCUCUGCUGAGAACCUUGCACUGAAAUGGCUUUUGAUCUAGAUCAAACAUUUGUAUCCAACAUUCUGUUACGAGCAAACGUUUGAUUUGAGCGGUAAUCUGCUCAAAGCGGCGUGUGGACCCUCCUUGUUCCGUGUUUGGUCAAACUGAGGUUAUUCUGUGUGACCAAGAUGUCUAAAGUGUUUGAUAGUUUAGGUGGGGCUUUUGACAUGAUCAUUCUGUUUCUCCUCUUAUCACUAACUUGAAAUCUGUUGAAUUUAAACUGUUAUCGCAUCACCUGUUCUUUUUUGGUUUGACUUUUAAAAUGGAGAGAAUAAAAUUAUGUUUAACCGAAAG